AUGGACGUCCUCGGCGGUGAUGCUGGGGGUGAUGGUGAUGGGGAUGGUGGCAACUCCUGCCUGGCAGGCUUCAGCCGAAAGCGGCCCGAAGGGGUGAGACCCGAAAACUUAUUCGUUUCCCGAAUCCAGAAGAGAUCUUGUACUGAAGGACUUUGGCAACACCGGGAAAAGGUCUGCAUCUAUCCACCCGAGCAGUUCAUCCUGGCGGUUGCAAAGUCGACGGAUGCCCGACACGGCUUCUUGCUGUUGACUCGGUCGGGUGAGAUCGGGACGUUCACCCCAAAACGCGGGCUGGUGACCACGCCUUUUCCUUGGAGGGAUCUUGAUCCGAUGCGCUGGCACCGACUCCUUGCCGUGGGAAGCGGAAACAGCACGGCUUUCUUCUGCAACGGCGAGCACAUCGGAGCUGUGCCUUCGGUGCCCGAGCGAUGGCAGUGGCCUGCUAGAUUCGGUGGCGACGCGGAUGCACGCAAGCCGCAGGGAGCCGGAGAGCUGCGCAAUGUCAUGUUUUGCACACUGCGCCCAAGCGCUGCUCCACGGGAAUGCCGAGCAUCGGAGGAGACGGAAAAUGUAAGAUACCAAGCAAACACAUCACAAGCACACACAUCAUGUCUUACCCGCUUGAACCUGCACGCAUUCUACGGCAAGUUGCAGUUUGCAUAUGCGAGUCUUGGGCCAAGACCGCAGUCGCGCGAGGCGGCUGCAGAUGAUCCUUUGAUCAUCCCUUUGAGGGCAAUCUCCUGCCAGGCCGGCACUGCUGGCACCCUCUCCGAGAUCCUCGUCACGUGCCGCACCCAAACUGUCCGUGAAGGGCUGCAAGAGGUUUCUUGGGUCACGACUGGGAUCUGA